UGAAGAGUUUUAGAACCACUUGCGCUAUUCAGAUUCAGAACCAGUUCGACCACUUAAAACAUUCACUCUUGACAUUCUCAACACUUGUCUCUUUUUUUUUCUUGUCAUUUAACUCCUGUCUCGUGUAGUGUUCAUCCUACUGUAAAAAUAUGUCUACUCCACGUGUGUCUAUCAAAAAAGUACUCAUCAGCGAUGCUUGUGAUCCCGGUUGUGCUAUACUUCUCGAAAAAAAUGGUAUUGAAGUUCAAUCAAAAUACAAAUUGCCUACAGAUGCUCUCAUAGCAGAAUUAAAGGCUGGGUCAUAUGAUGGAUUAGUUGUUCGUUCUGAUACUAAAGUAACAAAAGCAGUAAUUGAAGCUGGAGUCCAAUAUGGGCUAAAAGUGAUUGGGAGAGCAGGAACUGGAGUUGAUAAUAUUGAUUUAGACUCUGCCACUAAUGCAGGAAUACUAGUCCUUAAUACCCCUGGUGGAAACUCAAUUAGUGCUUGUGAAUUGACUUGUUCAUUAAUAUUGGCAUUAGCUCGAAAUGUACCUCAAGGAUGUCAAUCUUUAAAAGAAGGAAGAUGGGAUAGGAAGCUCUAUAUGGGAUCUGAAAUUAAAGAUAAGACUAUUGGCAUACUUGGUUUAGGUAGAAUUGGUCGUGAAGUUGCAUUUAGAAUGCAAGCGUUUGGCAUGAAGACCGUUGGAUAUGAUCCAUUUAUUACUAAAGAUGUUGCAGCUACAUUUGGUGUGCAAUUAUUGAGUUUAGAAGAAAUAUGGCCUAUUGUUGAUUAUAUUACUAUACAUACUCCUUUGAUUGAACAAACCAAAAAUUUGAUCAAUGAUGAUGUAUUUAAUAAAUGUAAAAAAGGAGUGAAGAUUGUUAAUGUAGCUAGAGGUGGUAUUGUGGAUGAAGCAGCACUGCUAAGAGCUCUUAAUGACAGUAAAUGUGGUGGAGCAGGACUGGAUGUUUUGACUGAAGAACCACCAAAAAGUCCAGAACUGAAAACUCUUAUAUCCCAUCCAAAAGUUAUUGCUACACCUCAUUUAGGAGCUUCUACACUCGAAGCACAAAUUAAAGUUGCCGAAGAAGUUGCACAACAAUUUGUUGCAUUAACUAAUCCAAGUAGUAACUAUUCUGUCAGUGGAUUAGUCAAUAAAUUGAAGAAUGGAGUUUAAUGAAAUUUUCAAUAACAUCAUUGUUGUAAUAAAUAUUUGAAUUAUUUUAAUUAUGGAGCCAUAAUUAUUUUAUAAUAUAAUAAUCUACAUACAAUGUUUACCAUCAUAAUAAACAGCUCAUUUAUUAGA